GGUCGGUCCUCCACCGCCAGGGGAAGCAAAGAACGAUUGGGUGUGGCUGUGUCCGCUUACAUGAACUACAGCAGCAUCUGCGGCGGACGUGAUCAGGCGUUGGACAGGUUUGCUAUGAGGAGAUUCCUCGACGACAAGAUUGGAUCCCUGCAGGUUCCAUCGCAUCGAAGGUACAUCAAAUAUUUCAGCGGACUUUUAUCAGGCUCCUUAAGGAUCAGCCAAUCCCCGCUCUAUUUAACGCAUCUCACCGUCCUGGGCGUUCCACUCUUCGAGCCAACGGGUUGUCGGGCAUUUCUCAAGGUGUACGAAGGUCUGAAUCCCGUAUACACCUCGGAUCUCUACUCCGUGACGAAUGCUCGCGAGUUCACCGUGAAUCUCGGGGGUCUUCGUCUGAGGGGAGACAUUCUGGUGAAAUGUUACCAUAGAGUGUACUCGAAGCAGAGCCGGGAAGUAAUGUUUUCCCUGCAGUUCCACACGUGCGUAAUCACGGAGAACGUGGUUUCCUUCCCUCGAUCGGAGCUCGACGUCGCCUGCGACGAUCCAAGAUGCCCACCUGACAGCGUGGUCACGCUGUACUUCGCCACAGACGCCAAACGUCAAGACGGGCCUGUACCAGCUCCGACGCCCGCUGUCCCCCACGCCUCUGCGCAUCACGACCCCAUCCUCCACUGGGACAGCUACACGAAUCUCGAAAUCAGCGACGACGAAGGACGGGAAACGCCAUUAUCACCGCCACCACCUUCGAGCUCCUCCGUUCAGACGUCGCCUCGCGGAUUGGGUUACACCUGCGGUCCCAUAGAUGGAUCUCUGUACGCUGUGGUACACCAGGGUGCUGCCGGUGGUGCCCGUGGCUCGCCAUUGACAGUUUCCAUGGACAGCGGAAUCAGCAGCGCCCCGCCACAACGACCUAGCCCACCCGAGCCGGAGCCGGACAACCAGGCUCACGGUGAUCUCGAUAAGCUGCUCCACGAUAUGAUGCUCACCGUCGAGUCGAUGCCAGAUCCUCCGACAGACGACUACAGAACGGACAGGAGCGAGAAGAUGUACAUUCAAGAGACUCGCAGCUACAGCAGCCACGCGAGCAGCCAUUCCCCUUCCACUUAUUCCACGCUCAAGGAUUCGUACAGGAAUUACAGUGGUGGAAAAGAGUCGAGCCCGCCGUACAACUCGAGCAGCAGUUACAGCACCCUGAAGAACGAAUAUCGCGAGCCUAAAAUCGAUCAUCGAAGGGACGAAUUCGAGUACCGCGUGUCGCCCGAUCGAAAGAUCUCGGAAUCCUCGACCGACACGUACAGGAAGCACGGUGACUCGUUCUCGCCCCCUGGAAAUAUCGAUUACAUCGACGAGGACAUACCUUAUCACGCCAGGCAGACGAGCCAACCGUUUUCUUACGGCGCGACCACCGACAUGCUCAAACAUCAGAAACUUUCCUCGCCCUCUUUGGUGAGGAAGGCGUCCGUGCGCGGCACCGCGCCCGUCGUCGAUUUCGAGGACAUUCUCGGCGAGAACUCGAGGAGGCCCAUCAGCCCUUUGAGCCCGAACACGCCCGAUCCCCCGCCAGAAUUCGCCAACGGUUCCGCUAAAAACAUCUCGGAUCACGUGGACGGAUUAUCAUGGCUGAGGCAACAGCAGUUGAAACUUGCGGCGAGGAGGGACGAAAGGAACCCGGGGAAACUUUGGCGACAAGAAACCGGAAAUCGCGUGAUCGGCGAGCUGAGAAGCUUGCAGAGGGGGAGGAUGAGGCACGACGGGUACGCCAGCGAUUCUGCGGUUCUCGACGACGACGAGGACACGUGGGUUGUCAAUUCCACAUCCGGACAGUCGCAAUCGAGGGCGGCGCUUUACACAUCCGCGCCUGCGAGCCCGCUGCUUCCGCAACGGUCGAGCAGCCGGAAGUACAACGGUACCAGCGGAACCGGUACCCUAGGACGGCCACGGGCCGAGAGCGUGAACGAGCGUCCCUUCAUGUCCGUGAAACGGGCAUACGAAUAUCGCAAAUACAGCGACAACCAGAGCCCUCCGACAUCCCCCCGCUCAGGCUUAGCAAGCACGCGACCCUUAGGAUUAGCAGUGCAGCUACAAACACCGUUCAUUAACACGGACAAGCCUCAACCACCACGGCCAGAGUCGCGUAGCGACAGCUUCGCUCGCGCUGACGCUUUGUUGCGCGAGCACAACAGGCAGCAGCAGCAGCAGCAGCAGCUGGCCGCGGGCAACGCGAUCACGGAGCAACAGAAACAACCGGUUGGCCAAGAUUUCGCCGUGUCUCGUAACCACGUUUCUCGGCCGGAAUCGAGAAAUCGAAUCGUGUGCUCGAGCACGACCACGUUGGCCGGGAACGUUGAAAGGACCACCACCACCACCACCACCGACCACGUGGACGGAGGAUUGUUGACGAUGGUCGAUCAACAAUCGUCGAGCGCGCGCAACAAUCCGGACCCUCUCGUGAGCCUCAUUCAAUCAUUGGCCGAAAUUUCGCCCAUUCGAUCAUCCCAAUCGGUGACUAACAACAACAACAACAAGACAGACACGAACGAUCAUCAUCACGCGUCGAGCAUCGGCGCAGCAACCACCACCACUGCGAGCAGCAACGUUGUUAACGCCAUCACUAAUUGCUCCCCUAACCAAUCACCCAAAGCAUGGCAGAAUUGCACGCAGUCGCACAAUGACUCCGCUUCAUCGUGGACCGAGAGAAGCAUAAGUCCCGGAAGUGCGGUGGUGAGCAACGCAUCGAGGCCUCAAACCCCGGCAUUUCCGGUCCAUCCUCGGACCCCGUACGUGAACAACUCCUCGCCCACGGUCACGUUCGCGGCUGAUCGCUCUUACGGCACGAACGCCACUUACAACGUGAACAACAACAACAAUAAUUUAAAUAACGUCGAGGCAGCCGGGAACAACAACAACAACGUCGGAAAUUACGCGAGCGAACGAACGAUCUACAUCGAAGAACGAAGAGAAGUCUCGAAAGAGACGGGGCUUCCACCCAAGAGUCCGACAACACAGAGCAAGGACCGAUCUGUUUCUCCGAUAAACGAGCCAACGAUGCAACAGUCGCAAGCUGUCUCGCGCAGCCCUGGCACUCCGACCCAUAUCGAAUUCGCCCAAAGUCCUAAGAGUGCCACGUCGUAUACUUCCAUAAACAGCGGUGGCCAGUCGUCUCCUCAGGUGCAGUAUUACGGUUCAAGACGGUCCAGUGUACACUCGAACACCGAGCCUCAAGAAGUGGCCGAUGUGAACGUGAAAUUCGUGCGCGACACGAGCCGAAUCUGGUACAAACCCAACAUAUCUCGGGAACAAGCGAUCUCGAUGCUGAAGGACGCAGCGCCAGGGACGUUCGUCGUUCGGGACAGCAACUCCUUCCCAGGGGCUUUUGGACUCGCCCUGAAGGUGGCGACCCCACCUCCAGGCGCGCCCAGCAGUCCCAGAGACCCGUCCAGCGAGCUGGUCAGGCACUUUUUAAUCGAGCCCACCUCGAGAGGCGUGAGAUUAAAGGGAUGCGCCAACGAGCCGGUUUUCAGCUCGCUGUCGGCGUUGGUUUACCAGCACAGCUUGAUGGCGAUGGCCCUACCUUGCCCGCUCUUGCUCCCAGAACCGGAAGCCGCGGCCAGAGCCCUUGAUUCACCGGGGACGAACAGCACUCAGCAACUGCUCGCCCAGGGUGCAGCCUGCAAUGUUUUGUACCUCUUCACCAUGGACAUGGAAUCGUUGACGGGGCCUCAAGCCAUCAAGAAGGCGGUGACGACGAUGUUCGAGCAAAAACCAUUGCCCACCGCGACUAUAGUCCAUUUCAAAGUUUCCACCCAAGGGAUCACGCUGACGGAUAACGCGAGGAAGCUGUUCUUCCGUAGGCAUUAUCCCACGAAUAAUAUCAGUUAUUGCGGUUUGGACACGGAGGAGCGCACCUGGGACUUCGCCAGUGAGGAGACCGGGCGACCAGUCAGCGCCCAUCGUUGUUUCGGAUUCGUUGCCAGGAAACCGGCGCACAAAUCGGACAACCAGUGUCACGUGUUCGCCGAGCUGGAACCGGAACAACCAGCCACGGCCAUAGUGAAUUUCGUGAAUAAGGUCAUGAUGGGCAACUCCAUAGCGAAGGCCAACAUCGUGUAAAUCGUAUUUAUUCGUCUCACGCGUCCUCCAAGAUGCUUGGAUAACGGUUUCUCGUGUUCGAGGCCUGACAAGAAUCGAUGAAAAAGAAAAAAGAAAAGAGAAGAAAAGAAAAGAAACGAGGAAAAAGGAAA